AUGGCGGGCGGCGGGGCGCUGCGGGCGGCGGUUGCCGCCGUGGUGCUGGCGGCCUGGAGCGCCCACGGCCUUUACUUCCACAUCGGCGAGACCGAGAAGCGCUGCUUCAUCGAGGAAAUCCCGGAUGAGACCAUGGUCAUCGGGAACUACCGGACGCAGCUGUGGGAUAAGCAGUCGGAGUCGUUCCUGCCCUCCACCCCGGGGCUGGGCAUGCACGUGGAGGUGAAGGACCCUGACGGCAAGGUGGUGCUGUCGCGGCAGUACGGCUCCGAAGGACGCUUCACCUUCACCUCCCACACGCCGGGCGAGCACCAGAUCUGCCUCCACUCCAACUCCACCCGCAUGGCGCUCUUUGCUGGCGGCAAACUGCGGGUGCACCUGGACAUCCAGGUGGGCGAACACACCAACAACUACCCCGAAAUCGCCGCUAAGGACAAACUGACGGAGCUCCAGCUCCGCGCCCGCCAGCUCCUCGACCAGGUCGAGCAGAUCCAGAAGGAGCAGAACUACCAACGGUACCGGGAGGAGCGUUUCCGCAUGACGAGCGAGAGCACCAACCAGCGGGUGCUGUGGUGGUCUAUUGCCCAAACCAUCAUCCUCAUCCUCACCGGCAUCUGGCAGAUGAGGCACCUCAAGAGCUUCUUCGAGGCCAAGAAACUGGUGUAGCCCCCCCCCCCGAUCUCCCCCCACUUUGGGGAGGGGGCUCCCACUGCCCUGGGGGGGAUCCCCUGCUGCCUGCCGGCACCCCGGGGGUGGUGGGCAGGUUGGGGGGGUGCCCUGUCA